GUUGCUUUAGAAUUGGAGAGGAGACGCUCAUUUGUGUCAGCGCACAGAUGUGGCGAUCGUGGCUUUACACACCGAUAGCUCCUAAGCGCUAACCGAUAUCACCCGCCAUUCGCCCCUCUCGCGUCGCUCCCGCGGCGGCCCAGGGGGGAAACCCUAGCGCCGCCGGCCCCGCGCCCCUCCUCCCUCCUCUCCUCCUCGCCGCCGCCGGGCAAAGCCCGGUCGGCGUCGGCGGCGGCGGGACCCUGUCUCCCCUCUGCUGGUGGGCUCGUCGCGGGCGGUCUCCUCGGCGGGUGGCGGCGCGCUGGCGGCGGGGCGCGACGGCGGGCUCCUGUGCGUGGCCCAUGGCCGCUGUGGCCCCUGGGGAUCACAGGGAUGGCUGCGCGUGGGCGUGCCCGUGGUGCCUGCGGUCCUCGAUCUGCCGCGGCCAGAUCUGGUCGCCGGCGUCUCGGGUGGUGCUCCGGCUGGUCUUCGCGGUGGGGACAGCUUCUGGUGGUGGCGCUGGUUGUCGGUGUGGUCGUGACACGGCGAUUGGACUCGACGGCGGGGUGCGGGGGGUAGAGGUAGCUCUGGUUGGUGGUGGCGGCGGGGACGGCUGGUCUCUUGCCAGAUCCGACCGGAUCUGGCGUUGGGGGUCGGCCGGCGGCCCGUGGCACCGGUGGUGCGUGCCGGGCGGCUCCGGCGCUUGGAGCUCGCCGGGAGACGUGGGUAGGGCAGCGGCCGGGCGUGGCCGCUGCUUUGGCCGUAGGCGGCGGCGUGGGGAGGUCCGGCGGUGGUGGCCGGUGGCCUCCCGGUGGCGUGACGGCUUCACGGUGGCUCGACGGUUCUGCCCGCGGCAGCGGCCGGCUUCUCUGGCGUCAACUCAUCUGCGUUCGGACCGUCUCGACCUUCGCCCCAUCUCCUCGUCGCCCGAGCGCGACUCCCUUCAAAGGGCUGGUCCGAGCUCGUCUCGCGCUCGGGGCAGCAGGACGGGUCGGUGGAUGCUAGUCUUGGCCGGCCUAUUGGGUCUCGACGCUGGGGGUCGCCCAGGGGUGCGAAAGCUGGGACCUUUCCGCUCGUCUCUUUCGCUGGGGUUGCGACAGGUCUCGGGUGAGGUGGUGUCAAGGUCUUGGAUGCCGGGGCGGCGGCCUUGGUGGUGGCAGCACGGUGCUCUUGGGCGGAGCCCGUGCCUUGGUGCUGCCCGGGCCGUGUGGGCGGCGUGGUGGUCGGGGUAUGGUGUUCGGUGGCGGUGGGUGUUGGCCGAGGUGAAAACCUGUUCUAUCUUCGGACGGACCGGCGGCGGCGAAGAUCGUUCCCUUCUUGGAGGCGUCGUCGGGGUUCUCAUUGCCCGUCAUGCGGCUCUAGGGGAAACCCUGAUCCUCGGAUUGGGCGGUGGCGGCGCUCCGGUGCCGUGCCCUUCCCGAAGGCACCGCCUUGGAGCUCAUGGAGCGUCAUAUGUAGCUUCAUCUCCUCGUCGUGGUAGUGCUAGGGGUGGUGUUGCUGCGCUCAGCGCCUAUGUAUCCUGCUCUGGGUGUGUGCGUGUGUUGCGGUGGCGUGUGUUUGUACUGGAUGCUUGAUGAUCGGUGCUUUAUAUAUAAAGCGGGGCGAAAGCCUUUUUCGGUAAGCGCUAACCAAUGACGGUGCAAGGUUCUGAUGUUUUUUCUAAUGUUAGAUUGAGUUUGUUGAAAUAAUAAUUUAUGUAAAAUACAUGCACACUUGGGCCUUUCUACGUCGAAAUUCAUCUUCAUCUGGAUACUUGGUACUUUAGUUAAAAAAAAGUUUGACUUGCUAUCAUUUCGGUAAGCGCUAACCAAUGACGGUGCAAGGUUCUGAUGUUUUUUCUAAUGUUAGAUUGAGUUUGUUGAAAUAAUAAUUUAUGUAAAAUACAUGCACACUUGGGCCUUUCUACGUCGAAAUUCAUCUUCAUCUGGAUACUUGGUACUUUAGUUAAAAAAAAA